GGCACUCGUGCGAGUGAUUCAAGUUUCUCCUCCAAGAUGUGUUCCACAAACCCAGCCAACUGGGUCACCUUUGACGAGGAGCCGCUCUUCCAGUCUCCUCAGAAAUCAGCUGAAAGGCAGGGGAGCUGUCGAGCCAAUGGCCUCAAGCUGAACCUCUCCAGCGUGCCGGCACCCUCGAGCAGGUGCUCGUCUGCAGGCAGCACUCCGCUCUCCUCCCCUGUCGUGGACUUCUACCUGAGUCCUGGGCCCCCCAGUAACUCUCCGCUUACUACACCUACCAGAGACUACCCAGCGAGCCCAUGUACCCCCAAGCCUGGGGUCCACGUCCUUUACCCUAUCCCAGAAUGGCCACCAAAAGGAAACUCUGUUCCGUCCCCUGGCGUCUGCUCUUCCUUAACUUCGCAGAAACUGAGCAGCCUUCCUGUGAGCACCUUGGCUGAUGAUAAUCCAGCUAAGGGAGUCUCCACAUCAACGGAUGAAGGCCAUCCCGCUCUGCAAGAAAGCUGUGAGGAGGCAGGAGAGCCCUCGGAGCGCUUCCCGUGCUUCCAGAGCGCCUGUGCCUUCUCCAGUCCCUUCUGGAAUGAAGGCUGUUYGCUCAGCACGUCACCUCCUUCCCUCGGCACACAGAGGAAGGACAAAGCGCUCGACAGAAACACGUGUCCUCCUGGAGCAGCAGGAGAGGCCUGGCACGAUCAGAAGAGCCUCAACGAGGGCUCCUUCAGCUACGUCUGCGAGAGGCUGGAGCACCUGCAGGCGGGCGGCGCGCGCGCCGGGCACGGGCUCUUCCGCGGCCGCAGAGCCGACGGGUGGCCCUUCCUGCUGCGGAUUCCUGAGAAGAAGAACAUGAUGUCGUCGCGGCAGUGGGGCCCCAUCUACCUGAAGGUCCUCGCGGGGGGUAUUCURCAGAUGUACUACGAAAAGGGCCUGGAGAAGCCUUUCAAGGAGUUCCAGCUGCAACCGCACUGUAAGCUUUCCGAACCCAAGCUGGAGAGCUAUAACGUUUCAGGAAAAAUCCAUACUGUGAAGAUUGAGUGUGUGUCUUACGCGGAGAAAAGGAAGUAUCAUCCCAAAGUGGAAGUGAUCCACGAACCGGAGGCUGAGCAGAUGUUGAAGUUGGGAACCACGGAUUAUAAUGACUUCACUGAUUUCCUUGUGACCAUUGAGGAAGAGCUCAUGAAACUUCCCGCCACUUGUAAACAAAAGAGAAAUUACGAAGARCAAGAGAUGACUCUUGAAAUAGUGGACAACUUUUGGGGUAAAAUCACUAAAGCUGAAGGAAAGCUCGUGGAAAGUGCUGUCAUCACACACAUCUAUUGUUUAUGUUUUGUGAAUGGGAGUACUGACUGCUUUCUAACUCUAAAUGAUCUCGAACUGCAGAAGAGGGAUGAACGCUACUUGGAGAAGGAGACGGAGAAGAAAUGGAUUGAAAUUCUAGAUUACCAUUUCCACRGCUGUGUUAAAGCGCAGGAGUUUGAGCAGUCGCGAAUCAUCAAGUUUACACCCCCCGAUGCCUGCAGGCUGGAGCUGAUGCGUUUCCAGACACAGUAUGACGGGCGAGACCUUCCCUUUUCCGUGCGGGCUGCUGUUGUGGUUCAGGGAGCGUACGUGGAACUCCAGGCUUUUAUUAACAUGUCUUCAACCGCUCUGACACCACUGCGUUCACCGUCGGGCAAGUACUGUGAAAACGUCAUGAUUCGCUUCCCGGUGCCUGCACAGUGGAUCAGGGCACUUUGGACCAUGAACCUCCAGAAACAGAAGUCCCUGAAAGCAAAAAUGAACAGAAGAACAUGCCUUGGCUCCUUGCAUGAGGUCGAGUCCGAGCCCGUCAUACAAGUCUCGGUUGGAACGGCGAAAUAUGAAAGYGCCUACAGGGCUGUGGUGUGGAAGAUAGACAGGCUGCCAGAUAAAAACUCAAGCUUGGAUCAUCCACACAGCCUGUCUUACAAGCUCGAGCUCGGCUCAGACCAGGAAAUACCUUCGGACUGGUACCCGUUUGCCACGGUGCAGUUCGUCAUCCCCGAGGCCUCAGCCUCCGGGACGGAGGUCAAGUCCCUGGGCGUCGAGAGGGACGUGCAGCCCCACAAGCACGUGCUCCAGAAGGCCUUUUACAGCUGCCAGGUUGAAAUUGAAAAGAAGUGGAUCAGGCUUGAUGGAGAAGAUCCGGAUAAGGCCGGCAGCUGCCUAAUGCAGUGAAAGAGGACAGCAGGCGCCGUCCCGUAAUACUAGUAGGAACCCAUUUCCGUGGGAAACUGCUGUUAGCAACUAAGUGCAAUGAUCCAGUUUAGGAUGAACACAAUCACUGAAUUGUUUUUAGUGCUUUGGGGUUUCAUUUCUGCACGUUAGUACCCGUUUUGUUAGCUUACACUGAGCUAAACUUCCUGAGAACUGGUAUAAGUAACGUCACCUCGGAGCGUUUGGCAGGAUACGAGCACUUAACUGACCGGUACCUUUGUUUUCUGUUGUGUUUCUAUGACUUGGGAGUGAUCUCCCACUUUGGGAGUGAUCUCCUACUUGGUAUUGAAAACUAACGGCCCCACUCAAAGAGCUCGUGUCCCUUGGAUGUACAAUAUUCAGCAAUAAAAACUGCCAGGAUGCUUGUGUGCUGGCCAGCCUCUGUGCAAGGCCCAGCAGGAGCAAUUACACCUUUUGGUGGUGUUGGAAAAUCCAUGUUCCCCAUGUUUCUGCUCACCUCAAUAUAUGCCAACAGAGCAGGUCAUAACAUUGUGUAACGUAACACAACAGAAAGUGGUAACUUUCCACAAGUGCCUCAGCUAAUGAGGAGAAGCUGGCUGAUUUCACUGGUGGAAUGGGAGAAAUUGCUCAGCAAGAAGUUUCCUCGUUUUUCUGUAGCUGUGAGUGUUUCCUCCCCAACAUUUUAYAGGUUUGCUCAAUGUUGUAUCUUGGAGAACAGCAGAAAGAGAGAAGCCUAUGGCAGAUGUGAAUGAAAUUUCUGUAGCAGCCUAGACAAGUCUUUUUCACCACUGCAGCAGGUGAAACAGGGACAGCUCCUCAGCGAGUGUGAAUCAGGGCGGGUCUCAAGCUCACCGAAACCUUGCUUGCUUGYGGCAGCCUGUUGCUGUGGGCCGCCUCGAGGCCCCUGGUUCCGGGGGUGCGUGGGGAGCCGCGGGCCGUGCUGCACUUGGAGAUACCUGAAGAUGGGGAGCGUGUCCUUCCGUGCAGGGAGCGGGAGGCGUYCGUGCUACUGGCUCUAAAGGGGCUUUUCUGUGGGAAAAGGACACUGGAAUGGACUGGGAAGGGAAGCUGUGACGCUUCAGCCAGCAGUGUGAGCUACUAACCCCUAUUAAUGUGUUAACUGUUUUGAAAGUCUGUUGGAAUUUGGGGAAGGUUUUACAUGUUUUUCCACAGCCAUUACCCACUUUGCCAUUUUCUGCAGGGGGUAAUUCCUGAAAAAAAAAAAGAUACUGA